AUGAACAGCUGUAAAAGUAUAACUGUUACAUUAUCUUACAGUGAUUUUGGGUUUAUAUGUAGAAUAUGUUUUGCCAAAGACAACUUGAGGAGUUUAAAGAGAGUAGAAUAUUUAAUGGAUGUGUUAAAGAGUUUAACAAACACUCAGAUAAGUGAGGACGAUGGCUUACCGCAAAAUAUUUGCGUAAAUUGUAUACGAAAGCUUGAAGAAAUAUCAGACUUUUUGGACUUAUCACAAUACAGUGAUUUAAGUUUAAGACAUGUCCUCUUAACUAAAGUGGAUACGGUGACAAACACAAUAUCAUGGUCGAAUAAUGAACAUAAAGAAACUACUUCAAAAUCGGAUGAUCCUAUAGGUGAUGUAAAUAUUGAAACGUUUGAUGGAAAUGCCCAGGACGUUUUAAACUGUAAUAAAAAGGAGGAAACUGUGGAAAAGCACAAACAUACAAGACACAAAUAUAGAAACAUUAGUCGCAUUUGUCUAACUUCUCAAGAGUUAAAUACGAUCGACGAACGACGAAAACGCAAUAGAAUCGCCAAGGCUAAGAGCCGAGAAAGGGAUAGAUUGCGUGAAAUAGAGCUUAUGGAAACCUUGGAGGAUUUGAAUAACGUUAAUUCAUCUCUGCUAAAGAAGAAAAAAUAUUUGGAAAAACAAAUUGAGGACUUACAGACUGUUUUAUCAAAGUAUAAGUGUACAAAUAUGGAUCAUAAUCUAGGUUGCAGUAAUAAAACCUGA